AUGUGUAGGUGUUGUGUGGGAUCGCCUCCUCCAGUGGCAUCGCCUGCCGACGACCAACGGAUAGAAGUGGUGACUUGUCCACUCAUGAGGGAGGAGGCUGGAGAGGAGUCCACCUACGAGGAAAUUUCCAGUGACAUGUACGAGGAGCAGUCAGAUUGUCCACAUUGUGAGAUGCAUCGCAUGAUGAGGGAUGAGGCAGAGGGCACGAGGGCGGCGUCACAAGGCGAGUUAAGCGCAGACGAACAUUUUGAUCUCGAGUUUGGCAUUAACAAGCUCUGUGGUUUGUGUGCUUUGAGAGUUGGAGGAGGCAUAAUUAACAUGUGGAAUGGCGGCUACGUGCAUGGGCUGCACCCACCGAGUUGUGCGAGGCGGAGACAAAGGUACGUAGAAUUGGAGAACGAAAUAAUGGAGGAAGUGAGGCAGAUGGACGCUGAGAGGGUGGUAACGCAUUAG